AUGUCUGGAUGGGUUAUAGCUGCUAUGGAUGCACUCAACUAUGCGGGUGCAGUGAGCUUCACACCCGAAAAGGAUAUUCCAGAUCUGACUGGCAAGGUCAUCUUGGUCACGGGUGGAAAUGCAGGUUUGGGCAGAGAAACAGUUCUCCAGCUCACCAAACACAGCCCGAAGAAGAUAUUCCUUGGCGCGCGUUCAGAAGCGAAGGCAGAGGAAGCAAUCAAAUUGGCGAAGUCAUCCGUUUCAAAUGAUGUUGACAUCACCUGGAUACCGUUGGACUUGAUGUCAGCCAAAUCAAUCAAGACCGCAGCGGAGCAAAUGAACGCCCAGUCAUCCCGUCUCGAUAUACUGAUCCUCAAUGCUGGUGUGAUGGCUCUGCCCCCUGGUGUGACUGAAAUGGGCCAUGAGAUCCAGCUUGGCACGAAUUAUACGGGGCACUUCUAUCUUACCAAAUUGCUACUGCCAACACUUAUCAAGACGGCCGAAGAGCCUGGCUCGGAUGUCCGUGUCGUUUCGCUCGCUUCUGUGGGGCAUAAUUUCGCGCCUGCAUUUGAGAAAAUCUUAGAUCAAGAGAAGCUCAAGAAGGUCAACAGAGUUGCUCGGUAUGGAGCGUCGAAGGCCGCGAAUAUUCUCUUCGCUGCGGAACUCAGUAGGCGAUACCCGUCAAUAAUGUCGGUGGCGGUCCAUCCAGGUAUUAUCUUGACAAAUUUGUAUGACGCUGUAAAUUCGCAUUCUCCGCUUGCUGCUUUGGGGUCUAAGGUUUUGCGUUUCUCAGGCUCGACAGUGCAUCAAGGAGCAUGUAACUCGUUGUGGGCUGCUGCUGGCGCGAAGAAGGAGGAGCUUUCCAAUGGAGGUUAUUAUGUACCUGUUGGAAUUUUAAAACGUCGAAACAAAUGGGCAUGCAAUGAGGAUGCAGGGAAGCGCUUGUGGGAGUGGACUGAGUUGGAGCUCACCAAGGCCAAUCUCUGA